CGGACAUGUCCACUAUACACAAGUGCAAUAGCUCCACCAUGCACGUCGUGUGUCAAUCCUUCGGCUUCACUGUUAACCUUCUCGAAUUGCACUGCAUACGUUCGUUGGAUGUCCUCGAAUGCGACUGGAGAGCUCACAACAAGCACAUCGGAACGUCCUGGUCGUUGAAGCAGCCACGGUUUGCCGCGGAAUCUCGUAGUCGUAGCGAGCACCCAGUCGUAGAACGUUGUCGAGUCUUCUGUUGGCUGUUCUGCUGUCAUUCCUACUCGAACUAGCGUCUGAGCUGUCGAUGCAGUGGGUAAAUGUUGAUAACCGCGAGGAGGCAGUGGAACGCUUAUCCAGCUCAGUCGUCGUUGUCGACUAUGACGCAUGGCCCAGAACACCACGAGUGCAAGAGUACUGCCCAGCAGCGGACCUGGUGAGAUGAACAUCAACCCACGUGCGUUCAGCAAGCUGCUCGACAUCAUCGCAACGACGUGUCUGCCACGAUGGAAGUCGGAGAAUGCGCUAACGAGGGACUAGAAACUGCACCAAACGGACGUCGGGGGGUUACUUCACUCACUUCGAGCCAGCAAUGGCCGUUCGAAUAGAGCUGUUCACUGAGUUGAAGCUGUUUACUUCCUUCAUGUAUGGGCGGAACAAUUCUACAGUCAAGAAAUCUGCUAACACAUCAAGCACACUCUCUUAUCCUUGUAAAUUGUAAAUUGUAAAGAGAAAAUAGGGUCACUUUUCACAAUCAUUUCAUACAUAAUAAUGCAAACUGUGUCCAGCCGUAUUUGUCCCAUCUGUAUUCGCUGAAUAGAAAACGGAGCAGAUAAAGCUGGACACAGUGAUGUCUGCUCAUGUCCAAUGGCGCCGACGCGCAAGACUGUGACCACUGCGCCGUCGCUGCCAACCGAGCAGCAAGAGGAGAAGCCUGCGACCUCAAUUGCUUCUGCAAAGCGUCAGCAUCGCCGCGUUCUCACUGUCGGCGACGGGAACUUUACGUAUUCGCUAGCUCUGGCCAAACAACACAAGAAUCAAAGCAACGACACACCCUUGCAAUUGACUGCUUCGUCCUACGACAGCUACGACGAACUCGUGGCUAAAUACCCGGAGUGCAAGCGCAUCUGUGCUCAACUGAAGGAAUUGGGUGCAUCUGUCCUGCAUCGUGUGGACGCUACGAACCUCCGCGAGUCUCUCGUGGCGGCAGGAGCCGAGCAGCUCAAGUUCGACGCGGUGAUAUUCAACCACCCGCACUGCGGCGAGGAGAACGUCCGCCGUCAUCAGAGUUUAUUGUCGCACUUCUACGCCUCAGCAUUGGACGUAAUAGAGGACAACGAGGAGGACGAAGAGAGCGGGAUUUUGUUGACGUUAGCGGAGGGCCAGCCGGAACGUUGGCAGGCAGUGGAGCGAGCAUUGAAAGCAGGAUUGAGACUGCAUCGACAGGUUGACGAGGUGGACAACGAUGAGGUUUUUGGCCUGGUAUAUGAUCGCAAACGGCACCAGAAUGGUAAAUCGUUCCAUCAAGUGACGCUGCACGGCGAGAGGAAGAAGCAGGCGAGCACGCUCUUCAUCUUCCGACGGGCUACAGAUGAGGACAACGUGCCUGCUACCGCUCCAUCGGUAUCUGAAGAGAAAUCAGCGCCGGGAUCUCGCAAGCGCAAAGCGGAGAGCGAACUGCCUUUAGAGUUUGCGUGCACUCAGUGUGAAAGGAGCUUUAAGUCUGCACAGGGGCUGAGAACGCAUGUGCAUAUGGUGCACGAACUGGAAGGUGGUGCGAACAAAAAGGUUCUGUUGCCGUGCGAGUUCUGCGACCGCACUUUCAAGAAGGGGGACGCUAGAAGGCAGCAUCAACUAGCCAAGCAUGGCAAGGAUCCGCUUAUUAAACCGGACUGGUACGACAAGCAGCAGACUGCAACGUCGGAGUCCAAUGUUGCGCCAACUCCUGCAGUUCUAUCUUCAAAUGCUGAGCCAAAGACUUGCUCGAUCUGCCACCUGUCCUUCACCACAACAGAAGAGUUCGGCGCACACUGGCAGAAACUGCAGCCUCGUGCUGCCACCAAGCGAAAAUGCGCCAUUUGCACUCGGGAAUUUGAUGAAGAGCGAGCACUGCGUCAGCACCAGAACUUCUGUAGUCAGAGUAGUUAAGUGGUACCAUAUGCUCUAGUAUGUGCAAUGGACUCGAAGUCUUUGUCUUGCUGCUCGGGCAUGCCAUGGCAUUCAUUGACAGAUAAUACAAUAUUGGUAAAAAGAUCC